UCAACUUUCUGUCUAGAACCUGUUGACAUACACACAACAAAAAACAUUUUGGAGCACCCUGAUUUCUUUGAAGUGCAUAAACUUUUUACAAUGAAAGAUCUCUUUGAUGCUAAAGUACACCUUGGCCACCAUGAAGGCUGUUGGCAUCCCUUGAUGAAGGGUUAUCUCUAUGGAACAAGGGAACAUCAUCAUAUUAUUGAUCUCACCCAUACAGUAGAACAUCUGAGAGUAAGUAAAUACUUUGCAAUAGACAACAAUAAAAAUUAUUGUUCCUUCUGCGACACUAUUGACCUUUUGUGGGGAUUUGUAUAUUAUUCAGUUGAUUGCCACCAAUGACAAUCUCACACAGUGAUUAUGCAGGAUGGAGGGAGGAUCACUUCAGACAAUACUUCAUAUGCUGCCCAUUUUAGAGUUGCUUUUCUGUAUUUUUUGGUUAGUACGGGGGAUUAACAUGCUAGGAUUCUAGGUCACCCUUGAUGUCAGUAACAUUCUAACAUGCUAUCUCUAAAACACUUAUGUACUAUAGACACACAUAAACAAAAGAAACUCAACUAACGUAAUAGAAACAUGUUGUCGAACUUUGUAGAUUUAUUAGCACGUUCACCAUAAGAGCGUACUUGCAUACCAACAUACGAACAAGGUACAUUUAGUACUUGUAAGAAAAAGGUACAAAGUAUUACCCUUUGACAAAAUUCUGGUAUUCUCAAACCUAAAACGGGCAUGUACUAAAAAGUUUGAAGAGUUUUGGGAGAAUUUUGUGCAAUUUCAGUUGAAGUGCCAAAGUAGCUUUCAGUGCGUUCACUGAGAACCAAGCAUCAGUUGCUUCUCUUGGGCUACUGUUACCCCUACUUUUGAUAAGUUGGUUACAGCUAAAAAAAAUAGGCCUGGACCAUAACAUUAUGAUCCAAGCCAAUCUGGAUUUGUAUGGAGUCACCAUUUUUGGCAAGGGGGCUUUUUUCAUCAUGUCCUUUCUGAAUAUGCUAACCAAGUCCAUAAUUUAUCAAAUUUGAUUUUUUGUUUUUUUCUUGUUCCAUUAAAGUCUGACUCAACAGUUUGCAUUUAGGGGAUCAUUUUCCUGGAAUGAAUGAAACUUUUUUUUUAUAAAAAGUGACCCCUCAUAUUAUGGGAAAUUAUCUAAUUUUUUGCUUUUCUUCCAGCUGGCGUUGAAUGUCUUGUCUCACAUUGCUUACAGAGGGGGAAUAAUACUGUUUGUUUCUACCCAUCCACAAUUUGAAGAACUGACACAACGCACUGCUAGAGAGUGUGGUGAGUACUUCAUCACUCGAAGAUGGCGAGGAGGAACUCUGACUAACUCCAUGAUGCUUACAGGAAUGACUAGAGUUGCAGAUCUUAUUAUAUUUUUACAUUUACCUUCGUUGGGAAGAAAUAUGUUAGCUGUAAAAGAAGCAGCUCAAGCAAAUGUUCCAAGUAUUGGAAUUGUGGACAGUGACUGUAAUCCUAAUCUUAUAAUGUACCCUAUACCUGGAAAUGACGAUUCUCCUUCUGCAGUUGAACUGUACUGUUAUUUGUUUACGAAGGCAGUGCUAAGAGCAAAGGAGGUAAGAAUGGAAAGGCGUUCAAGACGCAAGGAAGAAAAAAUGGAGGAAGACUUCCAGCUGUAUCAAGAGAUAGAAGAAGAGGAAAAAGAUGAAUCGAGCUCGUGA